CGAAAUUAUUCAAUACUGACGUAUGAGAACUACCAGAGAUGGAACCACUGACGGAAUCGAACUUCUGUGACGUGUAUAGAACAGUGCUAGCCAGUGGUAGCAGACAAGAGAAGCCAAGAUGGCCGUAGGAUGACAACAGUUUGCUGUCAGUUUAGAGAAAGCUUGACAGAUACGUGAAAACUAAGGGAAAAUGUCUCACGUUCAGUACGUGGAUGAGUUGGUCAAGGAAUAUUUACUCUUCAGGGGUUUUAGUCAGACCCUGAGGGCCUUCGACAAUGAUCUGAAAGCCGAAAAAGAGAAAGGCUUUAGGGUGAGAAGAUGAGAAGACACAAAACACUUUAACCCAAUGUCGACAAGAUUGUGGAUCAGCUUAUGCAAUAUAUUUACAAUUAUGAUUUGACAUCUUUGAGAGAACUCUGGGGUCACCUCGAUACGAGAAUGUUUAGUCGAUUGGAAAGUCACUUUGCAUCUGGUAUAAGAAAACUUGAAAAUGCAGUGCUGAAGAUGUAUUUAGUAAAUGCAGCUGUAAACAACAAACAAGAUCGUAUUCAAGAAUUUUUUACAAAAAUGGCUCCAGAGUUACAGGGACAUUCAGAAUGGAAGGAAUGGUUUGCAUUGCCCUUUGUAAAAAAUCCUGAGGAUAAUCCUAUAUACUCUGUACACUUCAGUAGACAGUGGCAGGAUACCAUGUUGGUUUCCCUGCAUAAUUUUCUUGCGACGAUCUUCCAAUGCAUGCCACAACCAACUUUACUUACUAUAGACGAGGAUACUAAUAGGUUGAAGCGAUUACAAGAAGAAAAUGAAGUAUUAAAACAAAGACUCAGUGAACCUGUCAAGGUAGAGACUGUAUCUGACGUAAACCCAGGACCAACACCGCAAUAUCCUCCAAUCAUGGACGACUUUUAUAUCAUUGCUCAAGAAUCUCCAUUGAUGGAAAAUCCAAAAACUCUAAAAAGUCUCAUAAGAAAUAUAGGUGGUGGUUCGAGUCCCAUCUUAAGCCGAAAACCUGUCACAAAUAUAAAAAAGCAGGUAGACCCUGAGAUUGCACCUACCAAAAGAACCAAUACCAAGGGAAGAUUGAAUUCCUUGAGCAAAUCUGAUGCUGUGGCCAAAAGGAGUAUCAGCUGUGAUUCAAGACUCACUAGUUCUAGGAAAAGAGACUCUUCUAUCGAUACUGCAUUUGAAAGAAAAACUAAAGACAAAAUUGAUACUGGUUAUAUACUUUUGAGUCAGGAGGAAUACACAGAGCACAAGACAUCAAUAAUCCAGUGUAAAAGUAAUGCAAGUGGAUCCUACGUAGCAACUGGUGAUGCAGAUGGUAUAAUAAAAAUAUGGACUCCGAUACCUUCACCUAAAACAGUGGCAACAUUUACUUCAACAACAGCAAAUUCGAAUAAAGCUGUAACAGCUCUCGAUUGGAUAUCAAAAAAUGAACGAUACUUUCUUCACGGCGAUAACAACGGCCUUAUCCAACUGCACGAUACUCGAGAUUGCAAAACGCUUUGGGAAAUUCAAAAUGAAGGCUCUCGCAUAGUAACACUAUUAUGUAAUCCAGCAGAGUCAACAUUCGUCUGUUCCCUAUCUGAUUCUAAUGAGGGAAAAUUACUUCUCUAUGAUAUAAAGACAAAAAAACUCGAGAGAACUUUACCAAUGGAACAAAACGUAACUGCACUCUGCUGCACGUACAAUCACAAUGGACAACUUCUAAUCACUGGCCUUUCUAAUGGGAAUAUUCUCAUUCAUGAUCUUAGACGAAACGAGAUAAUAGACAAUCUAAGUUGUCAUUCCAGUCCUGUUAUUGAUAUCGAAUUGAUUAAUGAUUAUACGAAUAUUUGUGCUCAGAGCGAGGAUGGAAAAUUGUGCCAAAGAAGUUUGAAUCACACUAGCAAAACUAUAUGGGAGACUAAAGUUAAGAUUGAGAAGAAUGCUGUGCAUGGUAAACUCUUCACUUUCGAUCAGAGCGGUAGUCACAUGUUACUUUGUACGCAGAGUGGAGGAAAUAUUUAUAAGAUGCCACCAGGCAUGCAAGGCAAGGUUUUAGAACUAGGAGGACAUAAAGGUACGCUAUGCUGCGACUGGUCCACUGCCAAUCAAUCCGGAACCUGUAUCACUGGUGGAGCAGAGGGAAAGGCACGGGUUUCCACGCUACUUUCACCAUGAUACAAAAAUAAAAUUAGUCUUUGUAUAAAUUCAUAGCGUUAGCAAAAUGAGUCCUCGCGCAUUGCUACACACUAAAUCGACUUUGAGACGAAAGGAUGUUGAUUCAGUUACCCGGAACUGAAUCUUCCACGGGAUUCACACUGGCUCAGAUGGUAUAUGUAGAUAUUGCGUUUUUACGACCAUACCCUGGGCGGUUUUGGAGGAGAGUAUUAAUACUUUAGUAGCUGAAUGAUUUUCAGGUUAACUUAUGUUUUUCAAAACGUUGACACUUCCAACGAUGCGUCCAAAUAUUUUAGCGAAUCGUACAAUAAAUACCAAAGUAUGGUCAAUAAGAACGUUAGUAAAUAAGGAUGCUUGAAAACCUGAUUUACCAGGGAAGGAAUUCAAGCAAAUCUCUAAGUAAACUAAUCAUGGAUUUAAAAUAAUAGAGAAGGAUUAAAGAAAAAGUGAUUAUUCGAAUGUAGGAAAAAGGCUGGUGGAGUUUUUAGAAAAAAUUAUUGAAUAACGAUUGGAGUAAUACUCUUGUACAUUUCCUGAAUUGGCUUAUCUCACAAAUCUAUAUAAUAUGGAAUAGAGAAACUUUACUGUAGCUUAAGAAGCAUAAUAAAAACAGAGCGUGUAGAUGAUUGUCGACGACAGAAAUGAUGAAUUUGUUUUAAUAUACUCUUGUAUUGUACCUUUAGAUAGAUUAUCAUUCUAUUAAGUGUAUAUUAAGUAUAUCUAGGCAUUUUGUAAAUUUAAUAUAUAUAUAUAUAUGACAGUUUUUUUUAAAUGAAUAAUUCGUUCCUAGUAGAAUUAUUUCACGGUAAUCAUUAUCGAAUAUAGUUUCCCUUUCGCAGAGUCAAUGAAAUUACCCGUUCCAAAGCGUGCCUGCCGUAACGGAACACAAAAAUAUAUAAUAAUGUAAUAAUCGUGGCGAUUAAAUACCUUGAACUACA